GUACGAGGAUGGAAAGGAGUGUAAGAAUGAAGAAUCUUUUGCUGCUUCUCUUAACAUAUGCAGCUGUUUCUAAUGCUCUUCCUGCCCACCCUGAGAAAGACAACAAAGAAGACACAAAGCUUGUAGAGGAUUACUUAAGUAAAUUCUAUACCAUUGAGACAGACUCAAAUCAGCGUGGAUGGAAAACAAAUGCUGAUUUUACAGCUGAGAAACUGCAAAAAAUGCAAAGAUUUUUUGGUUUGAAAGUGACAGGAAAACCAGACACCGAGACAUUAGAAAUGAUGAAGAAACCUAGGUGCGGUGUUCCUGAUGUAGGUCUCUAUGGUGUUACUCUGCCUGGAUGGAAGAAAAACAAUCUGACAUACAGGAUUGUGAACUACACACCAGAUAUGAGCAAAGAAGAAGUGGAUCAAGCAAUCCAGAAGUCAUUUAAAGUGUGGAGUACUGUCACCCCACUGAUUUUCACUCGCAUCCAAGAGGGAAUAGCAGAUAUAAUGAUUGCUUUUGGGACAAAAGCUCAUGGACAUUGCCCUCGCUAUUUUGAUGGCCCUCUUGGUGUUCUCGCUCAUGCCUUCCCACCUGGCAGUGGUUUUGGUGGUGAUGUUCACUUUGAUGAGGAUGAAGACUGGACCACGGGCUCAGAUGGAUUCAAUCUGUUCCUGGUUGCUGCUCACGAGGUUGGCCAUGCACUGGGUCUCUCCCAUUCUAACGACCAGAGGGCCUUGAUGUUCCCCAAUUACGCAUAUAUCAGCCCCAGUGAAUUUCCUCUCUCUCCAGAUGACAUAAGUGGCAUUCAGUCUAUUUAUGGUUCUGCAACAAAAAUCCCAGGUAAAAGGCCAGCCAUCCCUACAUCACCUAAUGCCUGUGGCCCCCAGAUAUCUUUUGAUGCCAUAACUACACUCCGACGAGAAGUCAUAUUUCUAAAGGGAAGACACUUAUGGCGAGUCUAUCCUGAUAACUCAGAAGUUGAACUUGAAUUAAUUUCUGCCUUCUGGCCAUCUCUGCCAUCUGGUAUUCAAGCUGCGUAUGAGAACAUGAAAGAUCAGAUCCUGUUUUUCAAAGGCAAUAAUUUCUGGAUUGUCAGCGGAUAUGAGGUGCUGCUUGGUUAUCCAAAGAACAUCAACACACUAGGCUUUCCUAAAGGUGUUAAGAAAAUCGAUGCAGCUGUUUGUAACAAAAAUACAGGGAAGACAGACUUCUUCAUAGGUGACAAGUACUGGAGGUAUGAUGAAAACACCCAGUCCAUGGAGAAGGGUUAUCCUAGGAGGACAGUCAAUGACUUUCCAGGAAUUAGCCAGAGGAUUGAUGCUGUUUUCCAACAUAAAGGAUUAUUCUACUUCUUCCAUGGAUCAAGGCAGUUGAAGUUUGACCCUACUGCUAAAAAAGUUAUCAGCGAGGUAAAGAGUAACAGCUGGUUUAACUGUUAAUACCAUUAAUCUUUCCUAUACACAGCAAAUGAAAAUAAGUCAUUCUAGAUUUCUCUACAGUUGUUCAUUUAUACACUGUUAUAUGGAAGAAAUAGUUGGACUAGUUUUUGUAUGUUACUACUAUUUUAAAGAACCAGC